GCCCCAUACACCGACCUAUUUGGGAUAAAUUUCCACCUCUUUAAUCUACAAAAGGCUAAAGAUCUCCUCGAUUGGGAACCUAAGAUAUCCCUUCAUAAGGGUCUACCGAUGAUGGUCUCGGACUUGAAGCAAUGUAUCUUUGGUGACCACAAGGAAAAGGUACCAAUGUAUAUAUUGGAUGAAAAUUUUCAAAGAGAUAUCAAUAGCAAAUCAACUAGUACUUACCGAAUCCCGAUCGUGUUAAGAUACUUCCCUUUGACACCUUAUCUUCAAAGGUUGUUCAUGUGUGAAGAAACAACUAUGCAUAAUGAUUUUAACAAUGAUGCGGAUGAUAUAUGUGAUGAUGACCCCAUUAGAUUGACCCCAUUAGAUGGGCUAGAGAAGAUGCACUUACCGAAACUCUACAC